AUGAGCGCUCACGGUCCACCCAGCGAACGUAUCUCCAACGAGGAGCCAAACAUGGACAAGCAGGCCACUGAGUUCCUCGACGAGAUCGAAGCGGCUCAAGAUGCUGGUAAGCCCAGCAGGGCACUUGAGGCUCCUCCUCUGGUCAGAGACAUGAGCCCGGCCGAUCGAGAGCGACUCGAGAAGAAGCUCGUUCGGAAGAUCGAUUUCAGACUGCUGCCACCAGUCAUUAUCAUGUACAUCAUGAAUUAUCUCGACAGAAAUAACAUCGCCACAGCACGACUCGCUGGUACUCCUGGUCUGGAAGAGGAUCUCAACAUGACGGACUCCCAAUACGAAACAUGUGUCUCGAUUCUUUUCGUCGGCUACAUCUUGAUGCAGAUUCCGUCAAACCUCUUCCUGAACAAGAUCGGCAAACCAGCCAUCUAUCUGCCCGCUUGCAUGGUGGUCUGGGGUUUCAUCAGUCUCGCAACCGCUCUUGCGAAGAAUUUCGCUGGCCUCGUGUCCAUUCGGUUCUUCCUCGGUUUUGUUGAAGCGGCGUACUUUCCAGGCUGCCUCUUCUACCUCUCUUGCUGGUAUACCCGUAAAGAGUUGGCUUUCAGAUCGGCUGUCCUGUACUCUGGAUCUUUGAUCUCUGGCGCUUUCGCUGGCCUGAUAGCAGCAGGCAUCACCAGUGGCAUGGACCGAAAGUUGGGCUUGCCCGCCUGGAAAUGGCUCUUCAUCAUUGAGGGAGCCGUCACGGUAGUCAUUGCUGUCAUAUGUCUCUUCAUUAUGCCCAAUUUUCCGAGAACAACUCCAUGGCUCAGCGAAGAGGAGCGCCAGCUUGCCGUAUGGCGCCUGCAAGAAGACAUCGGUGUCGAUGACUGGACUAGCAGCGAGGAGCAAUCGUUCUGGCACGGUAUGAUUCUGGCUUUCAAAGACAUCAAGGUCUGGAUCCUCAUGAUCUGUCUCUUGGGCAUUGUCUCUGCGGCUUCAGUCACGAACUUCUUCCCGUCUGUGGUGCAGAGUCUGGGCUACAGCAACUUGAUCUCACUGCUCUUGACUGCACCCCCUUACGUCCUGGCUGUUUUCACAGCGUUCGGAAACGCCAUCCAUGCGGACAAGACUGGAGAGCGGUUCCUGCACAUUAGCAUUCCGCUAUUGGUGGGAAUGGCUUCAUUCAUCCUUGCGGCCGCUACCACGGGUACUGCACCUCGCUACGUUGCUAUGAUGCUCAUGGUCCCCAGCAUUUACGCAGGUUACGUCAUCGUACUGGCAUGGAUCUCCAACACCAUCCCACGACCUCCAGCAAAACGUGCAGCAGCACUCGCCGCGAUUAACGCCGUCUCGAACGCAUCAUCCAUCUACGCCUCGUACAUGUACGGCGGUGCCCCUCGAUACAUCGUCGCAUUCUCAGUCAACUGCGCUACGCUCUUCUUGGCCAUCGUCAUGGCCGCAGUCCUCAGAAUCUUGCUAGUUCGCUUGAACAAGAAGCUCGAUCGUGGCGAGCCUGUCGAUGGAGCCAUCUCCGGUGCAUCCGUUGGCGAAGGCGAUGCCAUGAGAAAGGGCUUCCGAUUCCUCGUUUAG